AUGAACGACAAUCAAUAUAAAGUAGCAAAGCACUUUGGCGACGAAAAGAAAGCAAUUUACUGGAAUUUACCGCUACGGCCAUACACAGUGAAAAGCACCAGAACCCGUCUGAUCUCCGAAGUUAAGCCACUGAUGGCUCUAUCAGUACUGCG